AUGGCCGAGGAAUUCUACAACACGUUUUUCAACGCAUUCACAUCCGAAUCGUCCGAGAUUACAAAUCCACCAACUCUGGAAAGCAUUGAGGAUUAUACAUGGUGGAAAGAACGGUUUAUUAACUGGGCGAAAGCAUAUGCGCAUGAAAGCUGGUUCUGUUUAGAGUUUGGUUACGAACGACCUAAAAAUGAUAAAGGCGAAGAACUUCCAUUCAAGAAGUUACCAAAAGAUGACAAAGCAGAAUACGCAGCUGAACAGAGAAUGAUUGCUUUGAUCCAGACAGCAAUCAGAAAUGAUAUAUUUGCCCUGCUUACUCAUGAUGGGUCGUCAAAAUCAGUCUGGGAAGCUUUACGAGUUAAAGCUGAGUGGGGUAAACAGAUUAGAAAGAACAAAAUUGCUUUACUUAAAAAAGAAUUUGAUCUGUUUGAUAGUCUAAAAGGAGAGACAGUGAGACAAAUGAUUGAGAGAUUCUGUCAUCUUAAAAUUGAACUUGAGAGAUUUGAGAUAGUAAAAACCAGAGAGGAACUUAUAGACAAAGUUGCUGAAGAGGUUAACACAGAAGUUGUUGAAGUGGAGUUUGUGAAGGAAAUCAAAAAUGAAGAAGUAGAGAAAGCUGUUACUGAAGAACAGCAGACUGAAGAAGAGGUGAAGAAAGAAGAAGAAGAAAAGAAGAAUGAGAGUUUGGAUGCUGGUGAUGCUGGUGAGGAAGUCAGUGUUGAAAAGAAGCAAGAUGAUCCUGAGAUGAAGCAGACAGAAGCUGCUGAAAACACCGAGGUGCCAAUCACUGAGGUGCUCAACGAAAACAAAGAUUGUGAGAUUGGAGGUUGGAGCAGCCUGGCACAACAAGAGGAGGAGGUUGCUGCUGGACCCUGUGUUGGUUGA